AAAAAAGAAAAGAAGUAAAAAAAAAAUUCCAUCAAAAAGGCAAAGGAGACUAGUCGAGUAGUCGUAGCCCAUAGUGUUCAACUCGCUCCGUCGCCUCCUCUCCAUUUCGCGUCUCCUCCGGCCAUCCCCACCGCCGCGAGCGAGCGAGCUUGCAGCGCCCGCCGCCGCCGACUUGCGAUGGAGAAGACUCGGAAGCCGGGGAAGCUGGCGCUCCCCUCGCACGAGUCAACCAUCGGCAAAUUCCUGACGCAGAGCGGGACGUUCAAGGACGGCGAUCUGCUCGUCAACAAGGACGGCCUCCGCAUCGUCUCGCAGAGCGAGGAAGGGGAGGUUCCUCCUGUGGAGCCAUUGGAUCAUAAUCAGUUGAGUCUUGAUGACCUAGAUGCAAUCAAAGUUAUCGGGAAAGGUAGUAGUGGAAUCGUGCAGUUAGUUCGCCACAAAUGGACUGGCCAGUUUUUUGCGCUGAAGGUUAUACAACUCAAUAUCCAGGAGGCUAUACGCAGACAGAUUGCGCAGGAAUUGAAAAUUAGCUUGUCAACACAGUGCCAAUAUAUUGUUGCGUGUUGUCAGUGUUUUUAUGUCAAUGGCGUUAUUUCAAUUGUUUUGGAGUAUAUGGAUGGUGGCUCUCUCUCAGAUUUCCUGAAGACAGUUAAAACCAUUCCAGAGCCCUACCUUGCUGCAAUCUGUAAGCAGGUGUUAAGAGGACUGAUGUACUUACAUCAUGAGAAGCGCAUCAUACACCGAGAUCUGAAGCCAUCAAAUAUAUUAAUAAACCAUAUGGGCGAAGUAAAAAUAUCAGACUUUGGUGUUAGUGCCAUCAUUGCUAGUUCCUCUGCACAACGAGAUACAUUUACUGGGACAUAUAACUACAUGGCGCCAGAAAGAAUCAGUGGGCAAAAACAUGGUUACAUGAGUGAUAUCUGGAGCUUGGGCCUUGUUAUGCUAGAAUUGGCCACUGGUGAAUUUCCAUAUCCUCCCCGUGAAAGCUUUUAUGAGCUGCUUGAAGCUGUUGUCGACCACCCACCACCUUCUGCUCCAUCAGACCAGUUUUCAGGGGAAUUCUGCUCAUUCAUCUCUGCAUGUAUCCAGAAGAAGGCUUCUGAUAGAUCAUCUGCACAAAUCUUACUAAAUCAUCCAUUCCUGAGCUUGUAUGACGACCUGAAUAUAGAUCUCGCUUCAUACUUCACAACCGCUGGAUCUCCGCUUGCCACCUUCAAUACAAGCAACCGGUACGAUGACAGAUACUCUGAUGCACCAAUGAGCUAGCUGGAAGGAUUGAUCCUUUGGCUGUCAAUCUGUAGAAUCUACCAUCUACCUAACUGCUCCAACCCGAAAUGUUUGGAGUAUUUUUUGGGAUAAAGCUUGCCCCUGUGUACUGAGCUGGAAUUGAUAGUCUUGAUGUGUAAAUUCCGCGUAAUUUCAUAUACAGAACAAAAUUCUAGGAUCAUUGAGCAUUGAGAAGAUUUGCUUUGCUGUGCACCAGAAUGGUAUGUUCUCCGCUUGACCUUGUCUGUCACUCUCUUGCUGUACCUAAAUCAUAUCUUACCGGAUUGUCCAAUUCAUGGCCCCGUACUCUGGACAAUUUAUUAUUAUUAUUUGAACCUUCUCAUCUUUUAAUUUUAAA